AUGCAUGCAUGCAUUAAUAUGUUCAUGCAUUUCGUGUGUUUCUGUGGGUUUUUCAUCAAUGUUUCUGAAACUAUGUGUAUUAUGUGUAAUGGCUCUGGGAAAAGAUGUAAAUAAUAGCAGUGAUUUUGAGUAUAAAUGUAUUUGUGAAGCUAAUUGUAAAGGUGACUGACACCAUGUGGGUUUUAUGGUGUGUUUUGAGCAGCAAUAAAAGAAAAAUCUCUCUCCGUUAUGACGUCACAUGGCGUCUGUUGUUUUCAUAAAAGCAGUUGCUUUUGGAGUUGGUGGUCAUUCGAUCCCAUCGAUCACUGGAGAAGUAGGCUGAAAAUGGAACCCAUAAAAGUUCCUGAUGAUCACACACCAUGUCCUGGAAACAAAUCUUUGGUUUCAGACGUGAACGUCGUGGAUCAACCUCAAAUACCUCAAGAGACACUUCUGUUUCCAGGUCCUCUUAUGAGGGAUACAAUGCAGAAAAAUAACCUGAUCCAGUUUAUCCUUCAGACACAACAGUUGUGUCUCCAACACAACCAAGUGGAGAACUAUUUCUUUUGGCAGAUCAUGGAACUGUCCUGCAAUGAGAAUGGAAAAGUGAAUAUGUGUAAAAUCGCUCCUCUCCUCUUCAAUGGUUACAGCAUGCUGAAGAAGAAGGCAGCAGAGCUCAACAUGAACCUCAAGACCUGGUGCAUUCCUCUGGUGCAGCUUUUGUACUCCUCAGGGUUGGAUGAUGAGCGCAGAGAAGCUGUGAUUAUAAUGGGAGAUGAUUUAGCCUCCAGAGGUCUGAUCUCCGCAGCGCACCUCUGCUACGUGCUGGCAAAAGUGGAGCUGGGGUCACGCAGCCAGUUUCAGCUGAUCGGAUGUGACAGAAUACCAUUUGGCCUCAUGGUCCAGGAACAAGCCUUCAUAAGAACCGAGAUGUACGAAUACAUUCUGUCGAUCUCCUCAGGACUUGCACAGCCGAGCUUCCAGAUCUUCAAGUUAUGCCAUGCCAGCAGGUUGGCUAUGUAUGGUCAGUUGGAUUUGGCCCGUGAAUACUGCAAGACCAUCGCUAUGGCAGCCCUCUCUUUCCCCGACAGCUUCAAAAGGACCUUUUACAAUCGCCUUCUUUCGAUGUCUUUAAAACUGUUUGAAGGGAACAGAACAAAACCUGACUGGCUGAUGGACAUCUGGCAGCUGCGAGACAUUAAAUUAGCGGAUGCCAAAUUAAAUAUUCAUAUAUACGAAUGCUGCCGGAAACCUGGCAAGAACCUCACUUUGAAGCCUCCUAACCCAGGUGUGUUUCAUUCAUGGUACACCGUUGGAGAGGCACUGGGGAGGGACACGUCUUUGCAGGCAUUCGGAAUAAAGACGGUAAAACGGUCGCCAUUAAAUACAUUGACAAGAAAGGCAAUGCCAGACUCACAAGCGUUCCCAGUAGGAUGUACGAGGUUCCUUUGGAGGUGGCGCUGAUGAAGGCUGUGUCGGCUCAACCUCGCUGUAACAACGUGUUAACUCUGUUCGACUGGUUUGACAUGCCCGAUCACAUCAUCAUGGUCCUGCAGCAUCCCAGUCCCUGUAUGAACCUCAGCGACUAUCUUCAGCUUCAAAAGAAUCCUCUG